UUUAUGUUUGCUACGAUGGCAGUAGAUCAUCUGUUUGCAUCCUGCAUCCUUUUCCUUAUCUCUAAAACAGGGUUCAGUGCUGAGAUCUCUGUGUUCGUGCAGACAGGAUCUUCUGUUCAACUGGAUAUACAGACACAACAACUACCAGAGUUUGAUCUUUUUUCCUGGAUGGAUAAUAAAUCAGAGAGUAUAGUUAGAUAUAACAGUGAUUCCAAAAGAGUUACACCUCACAAUUCAUACAAGGACAGAGUGGAUUUCAAUGAUAAAACCUUCUCUCUGACACUGAAGAACAUACAGAAGACAGACAGUGGACUCUACAGAGCAAGAAUAAGUGGAUUAAUAAACAAAUAUUGUGUCACAUACAGAGUAUCUGUUAUAGAUGCUGUGGAGGCUCCUGUCCUGACAGUGAACUCAAACUGGUCCAGCAGUGACUCCUGUACUGUGAGCUUCACAUGCAGAUCUCAUGAGCUCAUGAUUAACUCCAGCUAUCAGAACAACAGAUGCUCUAAAGAGGAAGUGACAUCACAGAUCAACACUCUCAUCCUGGACUGCAGUGAGGAAUCCAUCAUCUGUAACCAUAGCAACCCUGUCAGCUGGAAACAAGACAGAAUUAAUAUUACGCAGCUCUGUGAAGAGAAUGAAAGACAAUUCGAAUUCUCCUAUGGGUUAUCUUACAUGUUUGUGCUCCUUGUUGUGUGUGUUGUUGUGGGAGUGAUAGUGUUUGCUGGUUUGAUUCUUUACUUUUGCUGCAAGAAUAAAACAGAUGUCAAACAGGCUGAUGAUACAGACUACGAUGAUGUUGAGACUCUGACCCAGAAGAUGACAGGAGAUACAUGGACCACUGUUACCUACUGUACAGUCGGACGAAACCAAACACCUUCCCCUGCAAACAAGCCUGCGGUGGCCCUUUACGGGCCCACUUAGGGCUAGUCUAAGGGCCCCCAGCGGGCUGCCAGUGCAGGGCCCCUGAGAAUUUGCUCAUUGGCAAAACGUUGGCCCCUUAGCGCUGGCCCUGCAUGGGCAGCCCUCAUUCAGCCCCCAGGAAGCCCUCACAAGGCCCACACAGGGCCCGCACUAAUCUACAACAAUUCAUCUGUUUCACUAUCAAUACUUCUCAGCUACUAUAACUUAAGUCUUUGGGAAGAACAGUUCCUAUACAUCUGAAAUGGAUAACUAAUGUCUGUGUUGUCAAAAAUGUACAGUAGUCAAAAGGUUUUCAAACCAAUUUAUUAAAUACAAAAUAGAAAACAUUCAAUUCAGGUUAAUACAGCUACAUAUAGGCAAAAAUGUAAAUACACAAAAGUACACAAAAAGAGAAAGCAAACAAAGCAAUGUAAGAUUGUAGGAUUUCGUCAUGUGAAAGUUGGUGUGUGCAAAAGUCUUAUCUGUAGUACAUCAAUGUCCAAACACUGUCCAUAGCUGAAGAUAGCAAAUUAAUAAUCCAUCCUCGUGUAAUGAAAACACACCACAGCUCUCAAACACCAGACUCUUCCUAACCAGGAACAGUCAAAAAUAGUCCAGACUACGGUCUCACAUCGAAAAGAACUUUAAAUCCAUAUUCAAACUGGACCGUGAUGUGGUGACCUCACCAAUAAAGAGUCCUUCUAAAAUGCACUGUCUUAAACUCUUAGCAUCAAUCCAUACAUACAUGUAACAUCUCUGCAAAAAACAUCAACUCCUUACUUUAGACUGGGCUUGAAAUGACACAUUUCCCAACCAGGACACAGCACAAGGUGUUCAACAGGUGAGCCAUGCUGGCUAUUGCUGCUUGUUAUUGUUAACUCUCUCUACCACAUGGCUUUACUUAACCCUCUUAAAGGUAUA